AUCAGCGAAUCGUUGCCGCCGCUAUUCGUGAACUUGUCUACUCUCUCUCUCACCGCCGCGGGUUUGGAGGAAGCUCGUGGGGUUAGUAAUCUUCGGAGCGGCUUCCGACCGGUAGGAUCGGAGUGUCUGAAAUCACCGUGAUUUGCAGCUUCUGAACCAUUUUUCACCAUGCCGAGUCUGACAAGUGUCUCUGCCAUUAAGCUAAUCACAUACUCUGAGGAGCUUGUGGAUGGAAAACCGUUGUAUGCUUCUUCCAAUUCUUUUCCUGUGAAGGCUCUAAACCGCGAACCUGCUGGUUAUGCCUUCCACUCCGCUGCUCUCAAUCUCCAUGGUUGUGCAGAGGAACCCACAGACAGUGAAGGUGAUGACAAGAAAGUGGGAGAUGAUAAAGAGAAGGAAUAUGUUCCUUCAUUCAACUCAUAUUCCAACAAAGGAAAGAAGAAGUCUGGUACCCAACAUCAAGACCACUAUGCGUUGUUGGGUUUGAGCAACUUGAGGUAUCUUGCUACAGAAGAUCAGAUUAGGAAAAGCUACCGUGAAGCUGCGUUGAAGCAUCAUCCGGAUAAGCUCGCUAGUCUCCUUUUGACAGAGGAGACUGAAGAAGCCAAGGAGGCAAAGAAAGAGGAGAUAGAGUCUCGCUUCAAAGCAAUUCAAAAAGCUUAUGAGGUGCUCAUGGAUCCAAUGAAGAGGAGAAUAUUUGACUCAACUGAUGAGUUUGAUGACGAGGUUCCAACGGAUUGUGCCCCACAAGACUUUUUCAAGGUGUUUGGUCCAGCUUUUAAGAGAAAUGCUAGGUGGUCGGUGAAUCAGCGUAUACCGGAUUUGGGAGAUGACAACACAAAGCUUAAAGAUGUUGACAAGUUCUACAACUUCUGGUACGCUUUCAAGAGUUGGAGGGAGUUUCCUGAUGAAGAGGAGCAUGAUCUUGAACAAGCAGAUUCCCGUGAAGAACGAAGGUGGAUGGAGAAGGAGAAUGCUAAAACAACGGCCAAGGCUAGAAAGAAGGAACAUGCUAGAAUCCGGACUCUUGUUGACAAUGCGUAUAGAAAGGACCCGAGAAUUGUGAAAAGAAAAGAAGAAGAAAAGGCCGAGAAGCAACAGAAGAAAGACGCAAAGCUUAUGGCUAAGAAGAAGCUCGAAGAGGAAGCAGCUAUUGCUGCUGCAGAAGAGAAAAGGCGAAAAGAUGAAGAAGAAAAGCGAGCAGUAGAAUCUGCACAGCAACAAAAGAAAGCUAAGGAGAAGGAGAAGAAGCUCAUACGCAAAGAACGUAACCGUCUCAGAAUCCUCUCAGCUCCUCUGGUGGCUCAGCGUCUGCUUGACAUUUCCCAGGAAGAUAUAGAGAAUCUAUGCAUGACACUUAACAUCGAGCAAUUGCAGAAUCUAUGUGAUAAGAUGGGAAACCAACAAGGGCUAGAGUUGGCUAAGGUGAUCAAAGAUGGGAGAGAGUAGCUGCAGCUGUUCCUGGGAAGACGGUGAUUCAAUGCAAGAAGAAGUUUGCAGAGCUUAAGGAGAUUAUCAGAAGCAAGAAAACCGGUGUCUAAAUUUUAUCGUAGCUCCAUGAGAAUUUUGGGUUUGAAUCCUCUUUGGGGCACUGUUACUUUGCAAGAUCAACAAGACCUUUGAAACUUCUAUUAUUCUUUAUAAUGAUUCAUUUGCUUCUGUACUAUUAUUACAAACUUAAUACUUUUACCUAAUCUUGUGUAUUGUUUGAGUAUGACUUGGUUUGAGAUAUCUGAUUUAUCAGGGCUACAAAAACUAAACCAUACAAAUCGAAAUCAAACAGGGUUUUACUUUUCCCUAGUUCACAAAUCUUGUCUCAAGUCUCAACUAUAACAUGAAUAUAGCAUGAAAAUAUAGAAAGAUACAACUGUGAUAUGGUUCAUUUUUUUGUUACAAGGACCAAACAGGAGGCAUAUUAGUCCAUGUGCAAGACCCAACUCCUUGUUGUGUUUGACCUGAUGAUGACGCAACAGUAACGUAACUGUUUUCAAUGUCUUCACCACCAAGAAGAAACGCAAGCGCAUCACUCAUGCUGCUUGAGUCUCUAACAAUCCCCACACAGCCUUGUUGGUCUAGCCAGCUCGAUGCAAGUAAAACAUCAGGUCGUGUUAUAUCAACUCUAUUUGGUUCCCAAACCUGUUGAUCCAACUCUUCUGUCUUCACCAAGUUCCCUGCAGAAUCUUCAACAAAUAUGAAAAAGAGACUCUCAGCCACAAGACACCAAAGACAGCAA